GUUACAUUUUUUUCGCCUAUUCUUUUAAUGGCCCUUGAAUUGUAUGACUCUUACGUUUUUUUUUUCGUCCAAGUCACGUGACUUUCAAGCUACCGGCCGUGAGAACAAAAAACAUGGCGGACAUUCUCUCAUUUUUAGUGGAAAAAUCUAUAUUUUGAGUUAGUUUCUGAAUAAAAAGAAGUUUUGAUUACAUUUCUAGCGAGAAAUAUAUAUUUUAUUUUCAUAAUAUUCACUCAGUGAAUUUACAUAAUCAUCGCUUGCUCGAUUUUACGCAGAUUUUUCAGAUCUCGCCAGAAUAAUGUGAAACUGAUACGUUUUGGUUGCUAUGGACACUGCCAGGGCUCGUCGCAUGACGUCUUUUAAAGACUUUAUUAAAACAGCUAAGUUACAGGUAAAACAACAUUCAGAGGUGAUUUUAACAACGCUCCACGGCGCGUGAGAGUAAGCAUUUUAAGCGUUUUCUGAUCAUGUAGGUAAGUGCUUUUAUUAGACGUGAUGCAUGCUGGGUGGGAAAUUAUUUUUUAUCAAAGACUCGUUGAUGGUAAUUAAUAUAGAUAUGAAUAUACAUUUUGCAACCCUGUAUCACAUGAAAUACGUUCUGAGGAAACUAUUUUGCAAAUCGCAAUUACGUUACAUGCCAACAUAUAAGCAGUGCUAUUACGUUGGUAAUAUGACCCGUCGCCAUGGACACAAGGGGUCGGAUAUCUAAAGUUAAAUAUUUUUAACUUACGCGUGAAAUGGUUGAUUUUAAAAAUAUAUAUAUUCUAAGUAAACAACAACAGCCCAGGUUUAGUAAACAUUUUUUUAUUGAAACUAUAAAUAAAUAUUCUGCAUCCAUUUUAGGUGUGCCACUGUGGGUGGCUCCCGCACACCCCCGUGGCUACGCCCCUGCGUGACCCAAAUCUCGUUCGCACAUCAUCGCGAUGUUUAUCAUCAAUUUACAAACCUCGCCAGUCGCCUCAUCUUUAUUAGCCUAUCCCCUGUAUGUCAUCGAUGCGCUACUUCAAAGAUGUGAGGAAAAGAACAUACACCUGCGAGUAGUCUGUUACAUUGCCUGUGUUAUUGCCUCACAUUUGCAGAAAUCAGGGGAGGGCAUAUCACACAACAUCUCCUUAGACUUACCAGCAUUUCCUGUUUAUGGACACAAAUUGCCCUGCCAGAUCAAGUACAGUACCAGAUGGCUUGAUGGGUUUGGGCUCACAGACGGGGAAGGAAUGGAAAGGCUGUGGUCUUUCCUCCAAAGAUUUGCCAGAGUCACAAAGGAGAUGACUCCAUCUCAUCGCCUUGACCUACUGACUGAUGCCCUUUUGCAUUAUGGACGAAGGAAAUCAACUGACCUAGAGGUGCAGCUCCUGCAAAGAGUAGACAAAGCAGAGAAAAUAUUGAUUCUCGCUCCUCAAGAAGAUAUCUCAUCUGUCAUCAGAGAGGCACCAGUGUUGAUUUCUGAAGGAGACAUGGAGAGAUGGAAAAAGCUAGCCCAACAGAAACCAAUAAACACUGUCUGUAGAUGGAAAAGGGACUACAUCAUCAGACUGAUUCAGUUCUACAAGUUCAAGUAAGAGUUUAAUGUUUUUAUGUAAGACUUUGGUAAUUACAGACGUCUUUAAAGGAAAACACCACCGUUUUUCAAUAUUUUACUAUGUUCUUACUGUAGCUCAACUUGGAUGAAUUAAUGCAUACCUAUCUUUAUUCAAUGCAUGCACUUUUAGUCUUUGUUAAGCACUUCGUGAAUGUGUUGGCAUUUAGCCUAGCCCCAUUCAUUCCUAUGGCUCCAAACAAAAGUUUUAUUUUGUGCCACCAUACUUACUCGUGUAAAUACCUGGAAGUGUUUGGUGGCUUCUAAAUUCAUCCCUGUUUGGAGCCAUAUGAAUGAUUGGGGCUAGGCUAAACGCUAAUACAUUCACAAGACGCUGUACAAAGACUAAAAGUGCACGCAUUGAAAAAGAUAGGUAUGUAUCAAUUCGUUUAAGUUGAGGUAAGAACAUAGUAAAACAGGGCUAUUCAAAUCUUACCCUGGAGCACUACAGAGUUUAUGUACCAUUAACUACCUGUGAUUUUCUAGUGAUCAUGAAGACCUUGAUUAGCUUGCUCAGGUGUGUUUGAUCAGGGUUGGAGCUUAACUAUGCAGUGCUCUGGCCCUCCAGGGUAAGAUCUGAAUAGCCCUGUAGUAAAAUAUUGAAAAACGGUGUUGCUGAUGUGCUUCAACGUGUGAUUAUAGUAAUGGCAUAGUUUUGAAGGA